UGGCGCCGCGAUCGCGGUAACGGUGCGGGCCCCGUGCGGGCCCGGCGCGCGCCCGGUGCGUUUGCCGUGCGCUGCUCUCCGCUCCGCCCCGCCCCUCUCCGCUCCGCCAUGGCAGCGCCGCCCGCAGGGCUUGCCAGGUAGAGAUCCCUGCAGUCCUCCUUCAGACUGUCUGGCCAAGCUGCCUCUGUGCACGUCCUUGAGGACCCCAGCUGAAUUCCACCUGUGACCCUCCUCAGCAGAGCGAGGACGUCGAGCCCGGGGGCUGAUGCGGAGGAGGCUGCGUGGCAGUGAGCUGGCACUGAUCGAAUCUCUGCCCUGCGCCAGGGGGGUCACACCUGUGUGGCACCUGUGCCUCCCUGCGGGUGGUGGUGAACCCGAGUUACCUGGUGUUUCCUGCCACAGGGAGAGGCAGAGUGUGAGGAUCGGGCUUUGUGAUGCCGCUGUACACGUUUGAUGUAGCUUUGGUGUUUCGUAGGUGUUUUGGCAGCCUCUCUUUUGUUCACGCAGUGUUGUGUUAGCGCGAGGGCCAGCCUUUCGCUGUUGGAGUUGGCGAUUCCAGGGGGGUUUGUUUCUGUUUAGGUUUGGAGCAGUGCUGCUCCCCGAGCAUGGCCCAGCCCCUGCCAGCGCCGGCUGCUUGCUGCUGCUGCUCCCCGCGGGCCCCGGGGCGCUGCUGCUGCGCGCGGCAGGGCUGAAGCCCGAGCGGCGGGGCUGCUCUCACCGGCUCUCGGUGGCACGGAGCGGCGGCGCCAUGGCGCUGGCGGCCCCCGAGGAGGCGGUGUGCUCCUCGGGCAAGCACUACGUGUGCGGGCUGUGCGCGGCCUUCACCAACAUCGCGGUGACGUUCCCCAUCCAGAAGGUGCUGUUCCGGCAGCAGCUGUACGGGCUGCGCGCCCGCGAGGCCGUGCGCCAGCUGCGCCGCGACGGGCUGCGCACGCUGUACCGCGGCAUCCUGCCGCCGCUGCUGCAGAAAACCACCACGCUGGCGCUCAUGUUCGGCCUCUACGAGGAUUUCUCGGCGCUGCUGCUGAGCCACGCCCGCGCCCCCGAGCUGCUGACGCGCAGCGCGGCCGCCGCGCUGGCCGGCACCACCGAGGCCGUGCUGACGCCCUUCGAGCGCGUGCAGACGCUGCUGCAGGACUACAAGCACCACGACAAGUUCACAAACACUUUCCAGGCUUUCAGGGUGCUGAGGGCCUACGGGGUGCGGGAGUACUACCGGGGAUUGGUGCCCAUCCUGCUGCGGAACGGGCCCAGCAACGUGCUCUUCUUCGGGCUGCGCGGGCCCAUCAAGCAGAGUCUGCCCGAGGCCACCUCGUACAGCUCUCACCUGGUCAACGACUUCAUCUGCGGGGGGCUGCUGGGCGCCCUGCUGGGCUUCCUCUUCUUCCCUGUGAACGUGGUAAAGACUCGCAUGCAAGCUCAGAUCGGUGGCGAGUUCCAGUCCUUCUCCAAGGUGUUGGCGAAGAUCUGGCUGGAGCGCGACAGGAAGGUGAUCCACCUGUUCCGAGGAGCCCACCUGAACUACCACCGCUCUGUGCUGUCCUGGGGGAUCAUCAACGCCACCUACGAGUUCCUGCUGAAGCUGCUGUGACCCGUCCUGCUCGAGGGACACCAGCGCUCAUUGUCCCAGGGAGCAGUGCCUGUGCCCGUGACAGGUAAUUCCUCCCAGCCUUCCGUAUUUAUGGGGUGAAUGGUGAUGCAUUUAAACCUUGGUGCAAUUAUGACGAACUUCUUAAAGUAUUCCUUUGCUGGCAGGUGAGUUUACCCAUAACAGAGCUACCAGACAAACACAAGGUGUAAAAGAGGAAAGAAUAGUCUGUAUCACUCCCAAAAUUGCGCUGUGCUCUGUGGUGGGAUGCACUCCACUGCCCAUGUUUAGAACAUGAGAAUCAAGGAGGAGCUGAAGAAAAACAAUUCCAUUGCCUGAUCAUCUUCCCAGUCUCGAUUUUGGAACUGCAUUUUCAGAUGUUUUGGGGUCCUCAUUACUUUGUGUGAAGCUCAGAGGACAGAUACAGAAGGGGAUGGCUGAAGUGCAGAGCUCCCAGCUGCACCUCAGCCCGCUGCAGCCGCUGCAGGGUGCAGCCUGUGGUGACCACGUCCUCCAGCCGUGGCACUGAACGUGUGACCUCAGCCAGGCUGGAUCCGUGUGUGUGUGUGCGUGUUUGUACGUGUGCCUUCCUGUCAAAAGGGAAAAGUGGAAGGAAUGGGACAGCAAACUCACUAAAGCUUUAAAGUGUCCUUCCUCGUUAAAAAACAUGGAGUUUAUUCUGCUUUUUCUGAGGACUUUUUAUUUUUUAAUUGCUGCUUUUUCUGUUGCCUCCAGCUGCAGGAGCAGGGAGGUGUCCCUGUGUGUGAGGACACUCCAGCUCCUGCAGCUGCUCAAGCACUUCACAGGCUUUUUGCACUGCCACGUCUUGUCUUUUCUCAGCUCCCUCUGUGGAGUUAGCGGUCACGAGCUGUUUGUACCCAAAACUCGGGGAUCUGCCUGCUUGGCGUGUUCUGUUAAAGGUUCUGCCACACACGAGUGGCACAGGCAAGGUGUGAGAGUCCUGGGUGACCUGCUUCACUGGAGGUCUGCAGGUAGAGUGGGGACGAAAAGCCAAAGAUGACCUUGGAAGCAGGGAGCAGGAAAGGUGGAGUGCUUGGAGAUGUGUUUCAGGACUUCUGCUGGCAAACAUUGAAAGGGACUGACAGAAAUCUGUGUCUUACAGACACAGGAGUUCAGAGAGAGGAGACUUGAGGCUUUAGAUACAGGGACAGAAGAGCGAGCACAACCCUGAGCUAGAUGAGGUCCCAGCAAAAGUGUUUGAGUCUCCCUGAGGGCUUCCUCUUCGCUUAAACUCUACAUUCACAUAUAAACCAAAACACUUUGGAUGAUGGGGAGCAGCAAAGCUUUCAAACACUGCUUUGAAUUUAGUCUUUUCUUAAGUCUUGGAGGGGCUAUUGCUUUUCUGAAUUUGAGUUUUCCAUUUGCUAAAACUGUCUUCCAGAAUCAAUCCUAAUCAGCGUGUUGUAAUCAUACAGUCCUGAGCUUCAGACAGUGUGGGUGGGCACAAGCGCGAGUUCCUGCAUCCCAGUGGUGAUUAUCCAUCUAAAUAAAAUGUUUACUGGAUGUUUGUUACUGGCAGAAUCUGAUUUUUACCAGUGUACCUUCUUUUUGUAAUCACUCCUUGAUGGAAUAAAAACAAAAUCUGCAUCCUGUUUCUCUGUGGAAGAUGUUAUGUGCUCCUGUAAUGUCAGGGAAGCCAAAGUGUUGAGGUUGAGAAAUAGUGGAGCCCUGGGUCUGAGGUUCAGAGUCGGUUUUGACUCUUCAAAUGUCACUUUCAGAAAAAUUUAAUGUAAAAGCACUACUGUGACACACACACUUGUGAAUGGCACCAUCUAAGCACUAAAAGUGUUUUUCCUCUUAAUUUUUAGGGGGCGUGCAAGAGCCAGCAUGGCCGAUUUUAACAUAAAUAAAAUACGUUUCAAUUCAGUGAAUUAUUAAAUGUUUAUUAUGCAAGCAAGAGAAACUGUCCACAAAUAGUAAGUUACUGAACGGCUGUAAGUACAAUACUUCCAAAGCAGUUCUGAUACUUCAUAUACGGUAUUAAAAGGCUACAAUUUUUACUAGGAAAUCUCAGGUAUUUCAAAAUACUCUACAUGCACAAUUUGUUUCUGUAUUAAAAACCUUAUACUUAACUGAGGAUAUUUAGUGCUUUAGAAAAUGCACCUUUGACUAAGAUCAGCCAAUGAGAAGCUUCUGUUUCCUACAGGUUAAAAACAUGAUGGGUCGUUGACUUCUUCCUUUCUCUCCAACUGUUUAGGAUCUUGUAAACUAAAUUUUUUGAAACCUUC